UUGCCCUCAUCUGAUCAUAUGAAGAGGAACAACAAAGCCCCUUCUUCCUGAACACCUGAACGCCCGAACUCAGUUGGGGUCCGACUUGCCUGGCGGUUGAGCGUCGGACCCAGGCAUAAUAAUGGAUCCAAUCGAUGGCACUAGACUUCGCUACUGGCUAUUGUAUUGGCUACCUGGCAACCGACUGUGGCAUGGCAUUCGAUCCUUCAGAGUUCAGAGUUCAGACCUUCGCCAAUCACAAUGGGGUCUCUUCUGGUAGCUUUGAGCCUCCUACCUCUUCAGUCUUCACUCUUCAGUCGUUCCCUCGGUGCUUUUGGGCCUCUUUUGAUCCACUUGUUUCCCGUCUUUCGUUAAUACAGGUCCUGCUUCUGAGUGUUGACUUUUGAGGAAGAGUCGAGUUUGGUGCCAGUGCUUUUCUUCCCAGGAUCGCCCAUCGUCUUCUCCAGAUUUGUGCUCACUCGUAUUUCAUCUCUCGUGGUGGCU